ACCUAUCCUCCCUCAUUGCAGCGAAGAACAGAUAAGAGAUGCGAGCUAGGGUGACUGUAGCAAAUACCGAUGGAUAGAACUGAGAAUACACAGACAAUGUUAAUUUAGAAUUCUUCAUGUUUUGUAGUUUAACGUCAUAKGAAUUCAAAUCAAAUCUGUCCGUUCAAAGAGGGGAUUGUGCGAAACAGAAGGGUUUGUGUGACGUUAGAUGACUAGCUAACGUUGGGCAACGGCAAUCAAAUCAGUUUUACUGAUUUUUAUAACCGACGUCGCUGAUAUUACGAAGUGCGCAUAUCGUCAUACAACCCGGUCUUCCUCAUUGACGCAGUCCGAAGAGUGUGUUGGUUCGGAGAAUGCUAAAGAAUGAGUCAAAGGGAUACCUUGAUUCAUUUGUUUGCCGGAGGGUGUGGGGGAACAGUGGGUGCUAUUCUGACUUGUCCACUGGAAGUGGUAAAGACCAGACUACAGUCCUCUCAUGUCACCUUCUACAUCUCUGAGGUGCAGCUCAGCACUGUCAACGGGGCCAGUGUGGCUCGCAUGGCCCCCCCGGGACCCCUCCACUGCCUCAAGUUGAUACUGGAGAAGGAGGGACCGCGCUCGCUGUUCAGAGGCCUUGGGCCCAACCUGGUGGGUGUGGCUCCUUCCAGAGCCAUCUACUUUGCAUCCUACUCCACUGCCAAAGAGAAGCUGAACGGCGUGUUUGAGCCCGACUCGACGCAGGUCCAUAUGGUGUCUGCAGGCCUAGCAGGGUUCACUGCUAUCACGGUGACCAAUCCCAUCUGGUUGAUCAAGACCCGGUUGCAGCUGGAUGCCAGGAACCGUGGCGAGAGGCGCAUGAAUGCGUUUGAGUGUGUGCGGCGGGUCUACCAGACGGAGGGCUGGCGAGGCUUCUAUCGGGGUAUGUCUGCCUCGUAUGCCGGCAUCUCCGAGACAGUCAUCCAUUUUGUCAUCUAUGAGAGCAUCAAGCGCAAGCUGGUGGAGUCCAGGGCCCAGGCCAGCAUGGAUCAGGACGAGGACGAGUCGGUGAGGGAUGCCUCAGACUUUGUGGGCAUGAUGCUGGCCGCCGCCACCUCCAAGACCUGUGCCACGUCUAUCGCCUACCCCCAUGAGGUGAUCCGCACCCGGCUACGAGAGGAGGGCAGCAAGUACCGCUCCUUCUUCCAGACAUUACUGACAGUACCUAAGGAGGAGGGCUACCGCGCCCUGUACCGUGGUCUCACCACACAUCUGGUCCGCCAGAUCCCCAACACCGCCAUCAUGAUGUCCACCUACGAGAUGGUGGUCUACCUGCUACAACGCUAGCCCCUCCCUGUCUGGAGAGAAAGUAGGAAGUGACUGACUUGGUUGGGCAUAUUUAAGAUGGAGACCAAAGGAACACUGAUAUGGACCAGAACCAAGAAGAAAGAACAGGAGCCCCCCCCUACUCCCAAACCAACAACCCCACCCCCUAAGCCUACAGGCUGACCCUCAAGGGGGCUCUAUGGUCUGGGGACAGAGAAAGGAUGGGGUGGGAGGAGGAAAGAGGGACAGAGAGAAACAGUUGGGUCAGUCUUUUAUAGAGCAUGUCAAACAGGAGAUGUCUCUGAAGGAAAGACGGAUAUCAUGUUGUGGCCUUUAAAGAGUUUUAAGUUUGUCGCCGUGUCUUUGUAGAAUGAAACCAAUCUGCUUUAGCCUGUAUCGGAAAUGACAGUCUCAAAGGGAAUGCUUGAAAACAAUCGAUCAAAAACUGGUGUCAUAACAACACUGAACAUUACAUAAAAUUCUCCAGUAGAUGCAUUUGAUUAAACUUUUCCACUAGGAUUUAGCAUGUAAGCUAAUAUUUGAAACAAGCUUUGCAUGCUCUGUUUCAGUAACUUGAACCCAAGUUUGGUGGGUGGGUGUCUUUAUUUUCAACUGAUUUUUUUCCAGAUCAAUUUCUCAAGCAAGAAUUUUACUAGGACUGUUUGAGUAGGGAGGGGAAAACUAGCUGCUAUUG